CAUUGAUAUUGUAUAAACGAAGGGUUUGUGAUAUAUGUGAUCCCUACAACAAACACUUGUAGUAGUUGCAAACACCGUUAAUCAUAGGAAAGUUUGAUGGUUUUAUCCAGUUUCGAAUAAAAUCACAUAUCGGAUUGAAAGAAUUCCCAUUUUCUAAGUAGUUAUAAUACUAAAAUUGUUGAACGACUUUCGACUACGUUAGAAUAUCGGCAAACAAUGUCUGAGUCAUUACAGUCCCAAUCAUCCGAGAAGCAGGUUCCCUCUUCUUUAGCUGCUUCUACGUCCAAUAUUCCGAAUGAAUUGUUUUUGGGACCGGAUGGUCGUCCGGUGCCUUUAGACCGACGAGAUUCGAGUCAACAAUCCCAAAAAAACGUACCUCGUGCUUUGGUAAAUGAAGAUGACAUUAUGGCUGUCGAAGGAAUUAUGAAUCAUGGUGGAAGUAACGAAAAGCCGUCCUUGUCCCAUACACCUAGUUUUGUCGACCUCCAGGGUACUCAUCAAAAUCAUCGAAAUGAGAAUGCUCGAAAUUUUGGUACAUCCAGACUAGAUGAUGUUGCCCCUAAUGCAGACGGGAUUCGUCGGCUACGCACUUCUGCCUCAUCUUCUGGGUUAUCUGCUGCCCUUCGUCAUGGCAAGAACGAUCCCCAAGUAUCUUCUACUCUCUCUUUACCUGCCAUGGCACAAAAGGCUCAUUGGGAACAUGAUACGCCCGAAAUCUGCGUGCCUCUAAAUCCUGACACCGGUUCUGUACCAAUUAUUCAUCCUGAACAAACUGAUCGUGGCCUUCCUUACGCACCUGAUGAGAAGUUUGUUAACUCCGGUUCUCGCAAGUUGCCCAGAAACAUAUCACUGGAUGAGUUGUCUCGCUCUCCAUCUAAGCACGUCGAUGAAAACGGUAAUCAUAGCGAUUGUGCACCUCCAGAACCUUGGGAAAAUGAAUACAACGAAGUGUUGGAUGACGUGGAACGUGCUGCUGAGGGUACUUCUUCUCUUCCGUACACCUCCAAGCCUUUGGCUGAGGAGCGUCAACGUUCUCAUUGUAAUCUUACUGAAUCUGACAAUAUAUGUGGUUUAACAGCUGGUAAAAGUGAACCGAUGCCCGAUAUCGAUCCAUCAACUACAAUUGAUGAAAACAGCUCUAUCGAGCCUCAACAGGGAUUUUACACAAAAGACGGUGAAGGUACCGCUGGCAUGCCUUUUGAUGUUGUCAGUAAUUUACCCAUUCCAAAUGAAAACGCUCACCAUAGUUCUUGGGACAAGAGGAAACCAUCUAACAUGGAGUUUAAGAAUGCAUCAUUUCAGCUUCAAUCUCCUUCUACCACUGCAUCAAAUACUCCUACUAUUUCCCAAAACCCAAGCAUUUCUGAUCACAUGGCUCACUUGAGUUCUCAGGAGGAAGCAAAGGAAGAGCCUAAGGAAGAGCCUAAGGAAGAGCCUAAGGAAGAGCCCAAGGAAGAGCCCAAGGAAGAGUCCAAGGAAGAGUCCAAGGAAGAGUCCAAGGAAGAGUCCAAGGAAGAGCCUAAAGAAGAGCCUAAAGAAGAGCCUAAAGAAGAGCCCAAGGAAGAAAUUACGAAAGAACAACCCGUGUCCGAGAAGCCAAAUAAUGAACAGCUUGACAUGACCGAGUCUCUUACUUAUGAUACCACAAAAGAAAAAGAAGAAAUUAAAAGUAAAUCAGAGGCCGAAAAACAGAAGGUCACUUCGGAAAAUAAAACCGAGUCCGCGCCUUCGUCGGAUGGUUCCGAAGCGUCAGUCGUGAAUGACACUGCUCGUCGUCUUAAUGCGCGUCCAAAUAAAUUUACCGGAUCUCGAGCUGGGUUCGUUGCAGCAUUGGAAUCACGUCUUCAAAAGGGUCCUUUGAUGCAGGCAUAUGCUCCUAAGCCUAAGACACCAUCCCGUUCGGAAUCCGAGACUUCUGUAGCAAACAAUCCAAGUGAAAUUAACACUGAUGCAUCAAACAAAGAUAAUAAUGAGGCUUCUUCUGUUCCUUCAGCUUCACUUCCGGAUGCCCGCAAAACCCGUGCUCGUGGACCCGCUCGCCGACCUCCUACUAUUUCGAGCACGAAGUCAACUCUUACUAUAAGUGGCAUGGACGUGUUUCUGGAGUUCCCUCCAUCGAACUGCUGAACUGUUCUACGUAAGUACUAUAUAAACUUUGCGUUGCAACCCACUGUCAAGUUUCUACAUAAUGGUUCUUCAAUGAUUGCCCUUAAUUUAUUUUGGUAAAUUACUAGCGUAGAGAAGCGGUUGUUAGAUUCCCGUAAUGUCAGCUAUGAAUAUUCACAGCUCAAAUAUAUGUUAAGCCGUCCUUUUUGUUUCGGUGGUUUCUUGUACAGCUUAUAAGGGCCGAAUGAUAUUUUUGAAUUGUUUAAGAAGUCUGAUCCUCCUUUUUGAAGUUACGUUACUUUAAUGAAUAAAGAAAUGAAUUAUUUAAUUAUCAUAAUGAUUCGUUGAAUAUAUAACUGCACUAAUGAGACUUUAUUAUUGUUUGGCAAUAACUAUUUGUAAAAUACAAAAUCUUUUAGCUUAGGAACAAUUAAGUAAUGCAAG